AUGGUUAUCAAAAGCCUUAGCAUUUAUACAAGGAUACAAGGAUUUAAAAGAUUUAUGUCAUUUGAUACCAAAAUUUUGAAAGUAAAUCCAGAAACAGUGGUUUUCAAAAUUGGAGAGGAUUUACCUACGAUAACUGACCCAGACACCGAGAGGAACCUUCAAAUAGCGGCCAAUGAACUCAAGAACACAAGCAAUGUAGUUGGAUUCCCAACAGAAACCGUAUACGGACUCGGAGGCUCUGCCCUCAACGAUGAAUCUGUCAAGUCAAUCUACAGAGCCAAAAACAGACCGGCUGAUAACCCAUUAAUUGUGCAUGUUUCAUCCAUAGAUCAACUUAAACGUAAGUUACUACCCAAAGACUAUAUCAUACCAAGCAUCUAUAGUUCACUCUUGGAAAAGAUGUGGCCCGGACCGUUGACUAUUCUCCUACCGGUGCACGAGGAUUCAAUCCUCUCGAAGUUAGUUACUGCUGGUCAAGACACUUUUGCGGUAAGACUUCCUAGUCAUCCAAUUGCCAGGGCUUUAAUUGCAUUGAGUGAUACGCCGAUAGCUGCUCCUUCUGCGAACUCUUCUACAAGACCAAGUCCAACAUUGGCCAGUCACGUGUACCACGAUUUAAACACCAAGAUACCCUACAUUUUGGAUGGAGGAUCAUGUAACGUCGGACUCGAAUCAACCGUGGUGGAUGGGUUAUCGCAUCCUCCAAUGCUCCUUAGACCAGGAGGAAUCCUGUUGGAAGAGAUUAGGCGAGUGGGAGGACCUGAAUGGGUAAAUAUUAUCUUGGCAAAAAAAGUCGCCGGUAAGAACGAAGCUGUCCGAACCCCAGGCAUGAAAUAUAGGCACUAUUCUCCAAGUGCUCCUGUAAUACUCUUUUUGAACUGCUCUGACGGGGAAGUGGCCAUCAACAACUAUAUCAAGAAGAGAGACAUUGCUGACUGCAAAUUUGCAUUACUUAGAACGAGAUCUUUCAUUCCUGCUAAAGAGAUUAGCAAGACUAUCAUUGCAGAAAGAGAAUUAGGAACUACUGGCGGUGAAAUCUCUCGAAACCUUUUCAAAAUGUUAAGAGAAGUUGAUGAAUUGGGUGUGGAUUUGAUCUUCGUCGAAGGAGUUGACGAAAUAGAUGAAGGACUUGCCAUAAUGAAUAGACUUAGCAAAGCAGCGUUCGAAACAAUCAUUAAAUCCGACUGAGAAAGUUCACCAAAUCAAAGUCAGUACUCAUGGUCCUGGACAGUACUGCUGCCAGCAAUAUUGUUAGUGCAAACCACCUCGGUAAUAUACACCUGUAAUAUAAUCUCAAGAUAAGGUU